AUGGACUUUCUCAACCCCGCAGAAGUGAACCCGAUCGCAACUUACCAUGUGAUGAACACCGAUAGUUCAGUAGCGGAUCCUAGUCGAGGACCACCGGAUGUCACCGACGAACAGGUUAUUGAAUGGUACAAAAACAUGGUAACUGUGAGUAUUAUGGACAGCAUCAUGUUCGAAGCCCAAAGACACGGCCGUCUCAGUUUUUACAUGGUCUCCGCCGGAGAAGAGGCAGUCAUGAUUGGCUCUGCAGCCGCACUGAGCCCUAAAGAUGUUAUUACUUGCCAGUACCGGGAGACCGGAGUUUUCCUGCAGCGCGGCUUUGGGCUGAAAGAUUUCAUGAGCCAAUUGACGGCCAACCAUAACGAUCCUGGGAAGGGACGAAACAUGCCGGUGCAUUACAGUGGCAAGAACAAGGUCAACAUCCAUGCCGUUGCGUCAACCCUGGCCACACAGAUUCCACAUGCGACCGGUGCUGCAUACGCGCUAAAGAUGGACGCGCUGGAGAAUCCUGACCAGCCUGGCAAUGUUGCGGUGGCCUACUUCGGCGAAGGAGCCGCAAGUGAGGGAGAUUUCCACGCAGCACUUAAUGUAGCUGCAGUGAGAGAAUGCCCUGUCAUUUUCAUAUGCCGCAAUAAUGGCUUCGCAAUCUCAACACCCACUAGUGAACAGUAUAUCGGGGAUGGGGUUGCUGUGCGUGGCAUGAGUUAUGGUAUUGAGUCUAUUCGAGUCGACGGAACGGAUAUCUUCGCUGUCUAUGAAGCAACCAGAGAAGCCCGAAGAAAGGCCCUGGAGAAGGGAGGACGGCCUAUUCUGCUUGAAUUCAUGAGCUACCGCGUCUCUCACCACAGCACUAGUGACGACAGCUUUGCGUACCGUGAUCGAAGCGAUGUUGAGGCGUGGAAGGCUCUCAACGACCCACCUUCCCGACUCAGGCUGUGGAUGGAGAAAAAGGCUCUCUGGGAUGAGGAGAAAGAAAAGGAAUUUCGAUCGACAACCAGGUCUGCUGUUCUUCGGGAACUAUUCGCUGCUGAAAAGGAGAAAAAGCCGGCUCUUCGGGGCAUCUUUGAUGAUGUUUAUGCUGAGUUGACAGAAGAGGCAAAGGAACAGAAGGAGGACUUACGGAGGCUGAUGAUGAAAUAUCCCGAAGAGUACGAUGUAAAUGACCAUGUAGAAGGAAUUCAAGGUCUGUAA